UGUUAUGAGAACAACGAUUACAGUUCUCUUUAUCAUGUUCCACACGCUGAUAAAAGAACAGCAGGCACUAAACCUUCAAGGUAAUGACUAGCAUAACUGUAAAAUAAGUGAGCAAUUUCAAAUUAUAGUUGUACGCACUCCGAUAUUAAUGAAUCCGCCUAUAUUGCUUUAUUACGUGUUUGAAGUCAUUCUCUAUGAGAAAAGUGUACUUUGGUGCCCUUGAAAGCCUUCCCCGGGUUUUUCAAGCUCAUUAAAUCGCGCUGCAAACAAAAAGGGGAUGUUUUCCAAGUUUUUCUUGAAAAUGAAGGUUAAACAUGAUCACUGAAACGAUUUCAGCGAAAGCCUUGGAUAAGAUUUUUCUUUAUUACCGUAAAUGAUCCGCACAGUUGAAUAAACAACCUAAGCGGCUGAAAAAGAACCGAAUCACAGUGACCCUGGCCUUUACAAUGACCGGACGUAACGCUCUGGAGAGCAGGCUAUUGUGAGUUCGUAAAAUACCCGAUGGUUGAAAUGACAUGAAUGGAAAUAUAUGAAAAAUAAUAGUCAUUUCAUAUAUUUCGAUACAUAAAAGAAGCUGAUAAACAUGAAAGGUGUUCAACGCCGGCAUAAGUUAUCUAGUAUAUCAUUUUUUCCUUUUGAAUAACUCAUUUGUAAUUCUUAUUUCCUAAAAUGAAUUGUUAAGCACUGUGUAAACGGACGCAACAUUGUUAGCCAACAACUCCCAAUAUUGUUGAGAGUUGUUGCGUCUGUUUGCACGUAGCUAAAAGUUUGACAGGUUUCAAAUUUUACACAACAACUCCCAACAACAUGCAAAAGGCUGUGCAAACGGACGCAACAUGUAACAUCCAACAAUGACAUUGUUGGGAGAUAUUGGCCAACAAUGUUGCGUCCGUUUGCAGGUAGCUUAAUGACUACAUAGUUGUUACACUGUUGUGUUGAAAUAAGCCAGUUUUACGGAGAUCUUUGUUAGCGAUCAAGGAUUUUGUUUUGGAUUGUCUUCUGUGUUAUUUUAAGGACAAUUGUCUAUUAAAUGAAUUUAACAUUCUCAUUAAACUGGAGAAAGUACAAAUUCCUAUCCUUCUUUUUUACUACGUUUUUGCAGAUUACUCCAACUAUAUAAACGAAAAAAAGAAAGAGAUAAAUAAGAAGCUGGAAAGAGUCAGGAAAUUAAACGAAGAAGUUGUUGAAUACAUUGAAGCCAGUUGCCAAGGUAGGGAGAAGGACAUCCUCAGAGUACCAGGAGUAGUGGGGUAGGCACCGGUUACUCCGUUAUUUUGCGGGGGAAUCUCAGUAACUUCUUGGGGAAUAUAUUAACGCCGAUGACGUCAUAACCUUUUGUCUUUAUCUCGUGAAUAAAAUGCGCAGGAAUCUCAUUAAGAUAAGGUCGCGCGCUAUUUUUAGUUAGUUUAACCGGUUUUACAGGUUUUAAGUUGCUUUUAGGUCGGUAAAUGCCUUGGUUUUCGAUUGGUUGAUUAGAAAAUAAUAUAUAGAUUUAGCCACAGCUAAAAGCGAAGCUCCUAUUGAUAAAUUUACAACUUAAAUCAAACAAUAAUUUUGUAUUCCACAAAUCAUUUACUGAAGGGCACAUUCAUGUGACUUUUGAGGGAAAAGCGAAGUGAUUUUGGAGUGAAACAAAUCUUGUAUCGAGUUGAUAUAGCCUUAUACGUACACGCAAAAAAUAGUCUUCGGUCACAUUUAAGAGCAAUAAUGGCUCUUGAUCACAGUAGAUAAGACGUGGAAAACAAAUUAUUGGAAAACAAAUCAGGCCGAAUUUUUUGCGUUCGACAAGUUUACAAAUUCUUGCCAAUAAAUCUGUGCGCGUGCAAACCAUUCUUUUAUUUAUUUUUUUUACACCACAUCUGAGGAGAAAGAGUACUAUGAGGCGCUGUUUUUAUCAUACAGACCUCGUACAAAAUGCAGUAUUUCACAAUUUUUCAAGACAAAUUGCGUUCAUUCAAUACUCAGGACCAUCGAAGCACGCGUGGACUUUUAAUUAGCGAAACCGUUCAAAAAAUGUCCAAAAUCACCUAUGAGGGCCAGCCAGUUCUAAGUUUUGACAAGCGCCCAAUUUGCGAAGAAAUUUAAAAAGAGUUACACUUCAACGUGAUAAAGAAUUUAUUGAGUCUAUUUUUUAUUAAUGGUUUUAUAACGAUGUGUAAUCUUAAAAAGCGUUUGAUACCCUCGGCAGUUUGAGUACUCCUGCAAGCGAUGUUUAUGAACGCCUGAAAACAAACGGCAAAGCGAUGAAAAUUACACUUUUGAGACUACCAACAUUCAAUAAAGAAAUAAAAUUCGGUAGAACAUUUACAAAGGCAACAAUUUUCAUUCACGAAAACAAAUGAGUAUUUAAGUGUCUCUAAGAAUCCUCUAGUCUUUACUAGUAAGCUUAAAGAUUAAUAGUUAUUAUUUACAUAUGGAAAUCUAUUUACUAUCAUAAUUACAUCAUAUCAUAGUGGCAUACUGCUCGUGAGCAGGUGAUAGGAAAGUCAGCGAUCUUGAAUAUAUUAUCGUCCGAGAGGGUUUUCAUUGCAGUUGAAAAUUGGAUGGCGAAGUGUUCUCGAACUAGCGGGUUUAUUUCGCCUCAGAACGAGAACCUUUGAAGCAAAAAACUGCCAAGCGGUUUCUGCAGAUGCUGUGUUUUGUUUUCUUAAUAUUUUUGUCAAAAAUGAACGGACAAAUGCAGAGUAAGUUGGAUAAAUAGAAUAUAUUUAAUUUCAACGCGCAUGUAGCAGAAAGUUGUUUGUAUUAAAGCGCUAACUGUGUUCGCCGUAGUUGUCCGAUUACUCAUUUUCUUCCAACAAUGCUUUGGGUAAGAACAACGUUUCAGUUAAGAGGUAGUUUGUCAGCUCUCUUCCGCCACUUGUGCGUUUACGUUCACAAAUAUGUUAGCCUAUCAUUUUAGCAUUAAAUUUGAUCAACCUUUUGUGGAGCGAUUUCUAUGGUCACGAUUGCCUUCAAACUUGCAGACAUAAAACUAGAGAGUUCUGAGGCUUAUUUGCUGAAGUUAGGGAAAAAUCUGUCGUGGGAUUUCGAAGUUAUUUUCAUUUUUCGUAAAAAUGAGGUUUUAAAUAUAUGCCGAUACCUCAAAAGGUUUUAUACCUAUAAGAAAAUAAAUAACAUUUUCUUUAAGUUCCAUCAUUAUUUAUUAAGGAUGCAAAGCAUCGUAGAAAUCGGUUGAAUCUUUCAUUCUGAAAAACACGAAUCAAUAACAUAACCAACACGCAUAUAAAUAGGAACGGGCCACCUUAAUGACGUCGUUUUGUUCCUAUGACAGCAAAUUUUCAACUUUAUAAAUGUUUGUGUCUUGCCAUUGAGGUGUUCAUUGGUUCGCAUUAAAGCAUGAAAAUGCGCACGUCGAGCAAUUUGUAACGUGAACAUUCAUUGGUUUUUUUUUUUUUUUUUACAUAGACAGGACAUGCAACUUCGAUGAAUCAAUGUGUGACUUCGAGCAAGACAAAAAUGACAAGUUUAUCUGGACUCGACGCAAGGGAGCUGGAGCGUCUGACUAUACAGAACCUACUUUUGAUCACACAACUGGAAGCACGACAGGUGAACCGUAUACUUAAUUACUAAUACCACUGUCAAAAUCCGCCAAACAAAGAGAAUUGUAAUAUAAUUAGUUAAGGCCCUAUCCACACUGGAGAAACAGCCGUUUAUUUAAAGAAUUUUUCUGUUCUCACCGACGCUUAACAAAUGCAGAUGAUUUGUCGCGAUUGAAAAAAAGAAAUUGGACAAAACCGAUUCAAUAAUCAAAAAUUUGUUUUUCUUGUUAAUUACGUUGUUGUUUCGUUAGUUUUUACUUAAAAAGAGGCGACUUUUUAAAACAUUUAGCUAUAAAAAGCUGCGAAAAAAACCUCUUUUAAAAACAUUUCAAAAAAUUUUAAAAGUUAAAAAAUGUAAGACGUUUCAACGUUCUCGGACUUCAUUAUUAAGUAUUCAAAAAUAAUUGAGCUCCUGAAGUGUCUACUAUCGAGGCUACCUUAGUGAGGGAGCUUCAAGCAAUUGAGUGCUUCGAUUAAAUAGUUUAUUUAUCAACGUAACUAAGACAGAGUCAAUGCUUUUUGGGACAUCGCAGAGGCUUGCUAAGGUAGAUCAGUUUUCAGUCAGUGUCAAUGGGUCGGCUAUAAAGCGUGUUACUUAGUUUAAGUAGGAACGAACAUGUAAAGCAAUUGUAUCUAAAGCUGGCAGGCGGGUCGGUCUGUUAGGAAGUGUUCGCCGUUAUAUCACCACACAUAGUGCUAAUGCCAUUUUUUUAUUUAUGAUUAGACCGACUUUAGAGUUCUGUGCUGGGGUCUGGGGUGCUGUGGGGAAAUGAAUAGUGGAGUUCUAGAAACUCUGCAGAAGCGCGUUGAAAGAAAUUUAAUUAAAACAUCUAGUAGUGACACUGCGAUGAAAGCUUUGAAGUGGCCAUCUCUCAGGUCAGGCAGGCGCGAUGAACACAUCCUAAAACUUGUAAGGAAAUGUAUACAUGGUCGGUGCCCUCAGUAUUUUGAGAACUAUUUUGUUUUUAACAAGGACAUUUGUGCUCGUUCAACCCGCCAGAGCAAUCUCUUGCAUCUGCGUGCUAUAAGAACCGAAGUGGCCAAGAAAUCCGUUUAUUACCAUGGAAGUAUUCUUUUUUAAUAGUUAUUGUAAAUGACCUUAAUCUUGAAAGAUCUUGUUGUUAUUAGUUCAUUUGUUAAAUUAACUUGGAUAUAUUUUAUUAUAAUUAUUAUUAUUAUUAUUAUUAUUAUUAUUAUUAUUAUUAUUAUUAUUAUUGUCUCUAUUAUCACAGUCUUUGCUGGUGUUCUUUUUGUGCAUCAGCCGGGCGCAAACCAUGCACCUAGAGCGUCAGUCACUCAAGUCAAUCAUUCUGUUCAUACACUGAGCACCUUUCUGAGGAUUCGUGCAGAUCCCAGCAUGCAGAUCUUUUGAAUCUCUCUCAUAUUAGCUCUUUCUGAUACUUUCUUGAUGUUUUCUACCAUACCCUUCUUCACUGUACCAAGCGCACCAACAACCAC